CCUCUCGCGAACCUCGUGCGGAGCGCACGCCCCCUCGCGUCGCAACAGAGUGCCGGAAAAAAACAGUUGAAUUUUUUUUUAUUAAGAAAAAACCGUGCUGUGUUUCAGAAAUUUCUAAGAGAACAUUGGAUUUUUAUUUCUGUCCAUGAUUCUACACGAAUAGCAGAGAAUAGAAUAGUGUGGUGCGCUUUCUUCUUCCUACUAGAUCUCAUGAUGAGGUGUCUGUGAUCUCACACAUCGGGCGGGUGCAACGCCUUCGGUCACCAUGACGUCAGAGCGGGCCAUCCCCCACCUGCGGGACAUCUUCGGCCUCAACCAGCAGUACGAUGCCAAGACCUUCGACGACGCAGACGAUAAAACAAAGAAGUCCAAGAAAAAGAAGGAAGAUUACCGCACGUACCCCAACGGCGAUGUCAAAACCCUAGAGAGACACCUCAGUAUGAAGAAGACUAUCAGGAAAAAGAUUAUGCGUGACCUUCAGCAGGCGUUCGUUGAAGACCCUAACGAGUUUAAGGUCGAGAACACGAGCCCUGAGAAACUGAAGGCUGAGUUAAGCGCGGAAGCUGUUAAAAUCGAGAAAAAUGUUCGUAAGAACGACCCGACGUUCCUAGACAUCCUGCGAGGCGAGACGCGGGGCGAGGAGGCGAGAGAGGAGCAGCCGCCGGCCGAGAAGACCAGCUUCUGGCGGCGUCUCACCAUGAAGAACAAAAACAAAAGAUAAGACCCGAGCCGAGCGCCGAACAGAGCGCCUCGCUCCGUGCCGACCGACACCGCGCGGCUUGUCAAUACCUAUUUAUUGUAAACUUUUGAUCACUGUAUUGAAGCGUAUUUAAAAACUUUUUGAUCACCUUUACAUAACAUUUUAUAUCUGUAUGCAUAAUAAUCUAUCGUUGUAUUGCUUGAAUCCUUCUAGUUGUUAUAAUAGAGUCAAAUAUUAUAAGCUUAAGAGAGAUUUUUGAUGGUUGGCCGCGGCGCUAAGUUACUUCUAAGUUACGGUGGGAACGGAGCGAAGUGUAACAAGUAUCCUCGGCUUUUGUUACUUAUUAUAAAAAAGAUAUCUCGUUCUACAUGUGAUGUAACGUUAAGUCGACUAAGUUAAGUGUAAGUGAACUUAGGCUAAGUAUUUCGUAAGUGGCGAUUGUGUAAGGUAGGCUCGUGGCAAUUCCUUGUUGUGACAGUUUUUAAUUAUUAUAAUGCAAUAUAAAUAAUUUUACACAUUUA